AUGUCAUUAUUAGCACAGGAUUCCAAGUUUCCAGUUCAUACUUUAAGAGGCCACACAUCUUCAAUAACAGCUUCCGAAUUUGUCAGAGUACCCAUUUCCACAAGAGCUAAAACUAUAACAUUAAAAGAACAACAUAACAAAACAACUCUCAAACCAUUUCUAUUAUCCGCUGAUGAUUCGGGGAAACUUAUAUUAUGGGAUCUUACGAUCCUAAGGCCAUUGAAAACUGUUCAAGGCCAUAACACACAGGUGUUAACAAUACGACAAUUGGGUAUAAAAGAUAAUGAAAUCGACUCACGAUAUUUUGGAUUGGUUUUAACCCAUGGAAGAGAUCAUACAAUCAAGUUCUGGAAAAUAUUUGAUGAAUCUGGUGUUAUAAGUUUUGAUUUAGUAUAUGAAUUACCUGUGAAUGCAUUGAAUUUCAGUAAUGUUGAUAUUAUAGAUGAUAUAAUUGUCACACCAAACACACAAAAUUCAAAUACUUUUGAUAUUUAUGAUAUAAGCUUCCUAUCUCAUGAAAAAGUUGAUGAUUCAAGAUUGAAAAGAUUAUUUGAAGCCGUUGAUGUUUAUAAAACAGCAGUAGAAAGGGAUUAUUCAAAAUUUGAAGAAUUUAAUAUCAAAAGAGAUGAAAUGGAUGAUGAUGUUAAUAGAACUGAUAAAUUUGGUAUAAUUAUGAAAUUAUUAUUUAUUACAAAAGAAUUGUUAUUUAUAGGAUAUGAGUCUGGUCAUGUUGCUCAAAUAAGGCUGAAUCGUGAUUCUAAAACUUUUGAAAUUAUUAACAUUGAACACCAACAUUAUCCAAACCCAGUUUUAUCAUUAACAUUUGAUAAAAUCCACAAUGUCGUAUUGAGUACUUCAAUAGGCUCUAACAUUGUUAUUCAUAGUCUUGAAAAAAAAGAUGCAGUUGAUGUUAAGCUUUCAAAAUUUGGAAAAAUUUCAGGAGUUGCAGUUGUACAUGAUAAAUAUAUAAUAUCUUCAUGGAAUGGAUAUAUUAGGUUUUAUAAAUUAGGUUCAGAUCAUACAAGUUUGGAAUAUUUGGCAAACUUUAAGAAACCAAAAGGAUUAUUAGCUGGUGAUUUGAACAUUAUUGGGAAUAUUAAUAAUGAUGCUGAAGCCAUCGGAGAGAAAAGUACCACGAUAAAACCUACCUCUCUUGAAGUUUAUCAAGAAGUUGAAGUUGUUGAUCCUUUGAUAAAAAAGGGGAUACAUAGACGUGAUUUAAAAGUUAUUGAAACUUCAUGUUUAGCAGUUGGAUAUGGAGAUGGUACAAUUACACUUUAUAAUGAUUUAUGA